AUGAGAAUGCUUCUGCGCCUGAGUUUGCUUGCCAUGGGGGCAGCCUACAUUUGUGCAUUGGCCGUAGAUAGUCGCAUGAACAUGAACGGGCUGGUGGCUGAGACCCUGACUCUUCUCUCCACACACCAAACACUGCUGAUCGGAAAUGGGACCCUGUGGAUUCCUACUCCAGAACAUAAAAAUCACCAACUAUGCAUUGAAGAAGUCUUCCAAGGAAUAGACACUUUGAGGAACCAAACUGAACAGGGGAAUAAUAUGGAAAAACUAUUCCUAAACUUGUCUUUAAUUAAAGAACACAUAGAUCGUCAAAAAAAAAAGUGUGGCAGAGCAAGACAGAAAGUAAAACAAUUCCUCAACUACCUACAGGAGUUUCUGGGUGUAAUAAACUCUGAAUGGACAAUGGAAAGUUAA